CAAGGACCCAGCAUCCUCUGGCUGGGCUGCUCAGCCUGCAGGUUGUGUACUGGGAUAUUUGUCCAAACAGGAGUACAUUCUUGUGAGAAAGAAGUUAACAUGGAGCAGCACUGGUCGGCAGUUUGUGCAAUGAUUUUAGCACUCGGUGCAUCGGUGCACUUUGACAUAGUUUUUGCUGCAGAAGCUGAUGGCAAUUUAACAGUGAUUCUUCCAAAACCUGGCCACUGCCCACGUCGCCUUAAUGUUGUCCCAUCACAUAAGGGGUGUGUGUGUGAUGAAGACUGUCCUGCUGACCACAAAUGCUGUGUCUUUGACUGUGGAGCUGUCUGUGUCCCUCCUGCUUUCACUAAACCAGGAGUGUGUCCUCGCAGGCACUGGGGCUCAGGACUGUGUGCUGAAUUUUGCUCCAAUGACAGCGACUGCCCCAAGGAUGAGAAGUGCUGCCACAAUGGAUGUGGACAUGAGUGCAUUGCACCAUACACAGUGAAGCCGGGUCGCUGCGCCCUUCCCCAGGGAACCCCCAUGUGUGCUGAGUACUGCUACCAUGAUGGUCAGUGUCCAGGAGAGCAGAAGUGCUGCAAGACAACCUGCGGCCACGCCUGCAGUGAGCCCUGCUGAUUGGACAGCUCCGCACACUUCUUUAAUCUUUAAUGCAACGACAUAGAAAAAGUAUCAUGUUCAUUUUUCCUACCUUUUCAACUCCAUAGUAGCACAAUUUGGUACAAUACUUGAGCAUUGGCUUGCACAAAGUUGGAUUCUUUGUGGG